GCGUCGUUGCAUAAUUUUUGUGAUAAAACGCUGACGCAGCAGCAUCUGUUCAUCUGGAGUUUUUGACAUAAACGUUUGUCAGCUGUUCGGCUAAACGUUUCGAAACGUUUCGAAACGUUUCAUUAUAUUUACAGGGUAUCGUGUGAACAGUUCUCCUUGAACAAAGCUUAAGCUCGAAUUGAAUGAGUUGCAGUGUUAUUUUAAUUGACUCUGUUCAUUUAAUUUGUGUAAAUAAGUGCAUUGACAAUCGAUUUGCCAUACACGCAUUGCAAUUGAACUCGAUGCAAGAUGGCAGUUGAUAAAUUGACUCCAAACCCGCGGGAAAAUGCUAAUUGUCUAUCCGCCAUCAUGUUCUGCUUCGCCCUUCCCAUUCUGUUCAAGGGCCGCAAAAAAAAACUGGAACCAAGCGAUCUCUAUGAUGUGCUCGACGAGCAUAAGGCAGAUAAGCUGGGCGCCAAGCUAUUCCAGACCUGGCUGGCGGAAGCCCAGCGAACAGCUGCCAAUGGAACUAAAGACGCCAGCAUGCUGAGAGUUGUACUCAAAGUGUUUGGCUGGCAACUGGUGAUAUCCGGCAUUGUGAUCGCAGUUCUCGAAUUGGGUCUGAGAGCCACUACUCCACUUCUGAUGGCCGGCCUUAUCUCAGAGUUUACGCUGUAUGGGAACGGAAGCCAUCUCAAUGCCCAACUCUAUGGCGCCGGCUUGGUGCUCUGCAUCGUGAUGAGUGUGCUGCUGUUUCAUCCGUUCAUGAUGCACAUGAUGCAUCUGGCGAUGAAGAUGCGAGUCGCUGUUAGCAGUGCCAUCUACAGGAAGGCACUACGCUUGAGCCGCACUGCGCUGGGUGGCACCACCACUGGCCAAGUUGUGAAUCUGGUGUCCAACGAUUUGGGUCGCUUCGAUCGGGCGCUCAUCCACUUGCAUUUCCUGUGGCUGGGUCCACUGGAGUUGCUGUUUGCCUCUUACUUCCUCUAUCAGCAGAUCGGAGUCUCCUCGAUCUAUGGCAUUGCCAUCCUGCUGCUCUACUUGCCACUCCAAACCUAUCUGAGUAGAUUAACGUCGUCGCUUCGCCUGCGAACCGCUUUGCGGACGGAUCGACGGGUGCGGAUGAUGAAUGAGAUCAUCGCUGGCAUACAGGUGAUCAAGAUGUAUGCCUGGGAGCUGCCCUUUGAGCAACUGGUGGGCAGAGCACGUGUCAGCGAGAUGAGCGUUAUACGCAAGGUCAACUACAUUCGAGGAGUGCUGCUCUCCUUUGAGAUUACGUUGGGACGGCUUGCCAUCUUUGCCAGCCUGCUGGCCUAUGUCCUGGCUGGUGGCCAUCUCACUGCGGAGCAGGCUUUUUGCGUCACUGCGUUUUAUAAUAUUUUGCGACGCUCGAUGAGCAAAUUCUUUCCCAGCGGCAUGUCGCAGGUGGCCGAGCUGCUGGUCUCCUUGCGCCGUAUAACCCAGUUUAUGUUGCGCGAUGAGACCCAGGUGCCGAUGCUCCAAGAGGAUCAGGAAAACGAUAAAGCAACGGAAAAAAAUAAACUUUUAUCAAAUGGCAAUCAGCGGCUGUCCAGCUCAGAUAUAUACGUCGAGAUCAAGAAUCUGAGAGCACGCUGGAGUCCGGAGCAGAGUGAACCCGUUCUGGAUAACAUCAAUGUGCAACUGCACGGAAAGCAACUAGUGGCUGUCAUCGGACCCGUUGGCGCUGGCAAAUCGAGUCUGAUACAAGCGAUGCUCGGCGAGCUGAGCGCCGAGGCGGGCGAGGUGAAGUUAAACGGUCGCUGCUCCUAUGCGGCACAGGAGCCGUGGCUCUUCAGCGCCACGGUGCGUGAGAAUAUACUCUUUGGCCUGCCACUGGACAGACACCGCUAUCGCACCGUGGUCCGCAUGUGCGCCUUGGAGCGGGACUUUGAGCUGUUGGCGCAGGGCGACAAGACGAUUGUCGGGGAGCGGGGUGCAUCGCUGUCGGGUGGCCAAAAGGCGCGCAUUAGUCUGGCACGGGCUGUCUACCGCAAGGCCGAUGUUUACCUGCUCGACGAUCCGCUGAGCGCCGUGGAUGCCCAUGUGGGACGCCAUCUGUUCGAGCAGUGCAUGCGUGGAUUUCUCGGCAAGCAUCUCGUCAUCUUGGUCACGCACCAGGUGCAGUUCCUCGAGCAGGCGGAUCUGAUUGUGUGCAUGGACAAGGGCAAAAUCACAGAAAUCGGCAGCUACGAGCACAUGCUGAAGAGUGGCCAGGAUUUUGCUCAAUUGCUGGCACAACGGCCGACAGAGCAAGCAGACGAUGCAGAAGAAGCAGAGGAUGAAGUUCAGGACAAGGCCAAGGAUUUGGCUGGUGCUGGAGAUGCAACGUCCACAGCCACUCAGUCGUAUUCACGGCACAGCAGCCUGGAUAGUCGCAACAGCAUUUCGUCCGCGGGCUCCAAUGCCGACGACUCACUGAUGGCCAAGAAGGAGCAGCCGCCAAAGGAAAUGCAGGAGAUGCGCUCAGCGGCCAAAAUCGGUUUGGAUAUGUAUCACAAAUACUUCGCGGCCGGCUGUGGCUGGCUGGUGUUUCUGCUGUUGAUGUUCUUGUGCCUGGGUACUCAACUGAUGGCGUCAUCUGGCGAUUACUUUUUGUCCUACUGGGUGAAGAGCAAUUCGUCGUCAUCGUUGGAUAUUUACUACUUUGCGGCCAUCAAUGUGGUUCUGAUCAUUUUUGCACUGCUGCGCACGCUUCUCUUCUUCAGUGUGGCGAUGCACUCAUCCACCCAGCUGCACAACUCAAUGUUCCGGGGAAUCACACAUGCAGCGAUGCAUUUCUUCAAUACGAAUCCAUCGGGUCGCAUCCUCAAUCGGUUCGCCAUGGACAUGGGUCAGGUGGAUGAGGCGCUGCCCGCUGUGAUGCUCGACUGCAUCCAGAUAUCCCUCACACUGACCGGUAUCAUAAGCGUGCUGUGCAUUACAAAUCCCUAUUAUUUGAUCAAUACACUGGUUAUGUUGCUCUGUUUCUAUUAUGUGCGAAACUUCUACUUGAGCACAUCGCGGGAUGUAAAGCGACUCGAAGCGGUUGCCCGUUCACCGAUGUAUUCGCAUUUUGGAGCCACCCUGCAUGGACUGCCGACGAUUAGGGCGAUGCGGGCACAGAGAAUGUUGACUACGGAAUAUGAUCAUUACCAGGAUAAUCAUUCGAUUGGAUACUAUACAUUCCUGUCCACAAGUCGAGCCUUUGGUUAUUAUCUUGACUUGUUCUGUGUGAUUUAUGUUUUGAUCAUAAUCCUAAAUAAUUUUGUGAAUCCCCCUGAGAAUCCGGGUGAGAUUGGCUUGGCCAUUACGCAGGCAAUGUCCAUGACGGGUAUGGUGCAGUGGGGCAUGCGUCAAUCGGCUGAGCUGGAGAACUCGAUGACCUCCGUGGAGCGUGUGAUCGAGUACAGCGGUCUGAAAUCGGAAGGAGAAUUCGCAUCAGCACCGCAUAAAAAACCGCCAGCAAGUUGGCCAGAAGACGGUCAAAUUGUCGCCGAUGACUUGAGUUUACGCUAUACACCCGAUCCUCAGGAUCCUUAUGUACUGAAAUCCUUGAACUUUACAAUUGAACCAAGGGAAAAAGUGGGUAUUGUGGGCCGCACGGGUGCAGGCAAAUCCUCGCUUAUAAAUGCCUUGUUUCGGCUGUCCUACAACGAUGGCUCCAUAUUAAUUGAUAAGAGGGAUACAGAAGAGAUUGGCUUGCAUGAUCUGCGCAGUAAAAUAUCGAUUAUACCUCAGGAACCCGUGCUGUUCUCUGGCACAAUACGCUAUAAUUUGGAUCCCUUUGAACAAUAUCCGGACUCAAAGCUCUGGCAGGCCUUGGAGGAGGUGCAUCUCAAGGACGAAGUCUCCGAACUACCAAUGGGUCUACAGAGCAACAUUUCCGAGGGUGGCUCCAAUUUCAGCGUAGGCCAACGUCAAUUAGUGUGCUUGGCCCGUGCCAUUCUGCGCGAGAAUCGCAUACUGGUCAUGGAUGAGGCCACUGCCAAUGUGGAUCCACAAACUGAUGCACUUAUCCAGACGACCAUUAGAAAUAAGUUCAAAGAAUGCACCGUACUUACAAUUGCCCAUAGGCUGCACACGAUUAUGGAUUCGGAUAAGGUCAUGGUAUUAGAUGCCGGACACGUUGUCGAAUUUGGAGCACCCUAUGAACUGUUGACAACAUCCGAGAGUAAUGUGUUCCAUGGCAUGGUUAUGCAGACAGGGAAAACAACAUUUGAACAUCUGCUGGAAAUUGCGCAACAUGCCUAUUCGGAAGGGAAGUCGAAAACUGUUGAGGUUUAGUUCCUAUAUAUGAUUAUUAUUAUGAACAAAUUCAACAAAAUAUCAACCCAAGUUCAUCUUUCACAUCGAAGUCGGAGUCUGGGAAUCGAACUCAGAGUUAAUUAUUCUUCUUUGUUUGUAAAUGUCUGCCAAAUGUACUUUUUAAAUUGCCAUCAUUUUACAUUUUGUUGAAAUGCAUUUACUUAACUAGGUAAUAUGUACAUUUAAGAAAACAGUAUUUAACGGAAUGUUAAUAAAUAUUGUAAAGGAAAUUUAUGAAAAAUAUUCCCAUCUGGGGGAUAUUUUGUAAUCGAGUCAAUCGAUAGAUAUCGCAUUAUAACACAUGUUAUU